AUCCAGCAUGACGAAUAGUCGAUUCUGCCCAUCGCGACCCGAACAAAACUCGAUUUUAAAACGUAACAAGCAAUAUUAAACCCACAAUGGAUCAAUCAAAAGAUGCAGAUGAGGCAGAGGCGGCAUGCGCUGGAUGCCUCAAUUCAGUCCAUGACAAUGAAUCCAUCUCAGCAUUGGGCCAAGACUGGCAUGUCGAGUGCUUCAGGUGCACAGUUUGCGAUGCAUUGCUCUCAAAUUGGUAUUUUGAGAAGGACGGGCUGUUAUUCUGUAAGAAUGACUACUGGAAUCGCUUUGGUGAGAGCUGCCAACAGUGUGCGCAGAUAAUCACAGGCCCUGUGAUGGUAGCAGGUGAACACAAGUUCCAUCCCGAGUGCUUCUGUUGCACACUGUGUUCAAUUUUCAUUGGUGAUGGAGAUUCAUAUGCCUUGGUCGAGAGAUCCAAGCUGUAUUGUGGUGUUUGUUACAAACAACAAAUGCAACCACUGCAGAAAACAACGCGGUAUCCUUUUAUAACAAAACCACAUUCAAUUCGCUUGGUUGAACUGCCCACAGGUCCCAAAGGCAUCAAAUUGACUUCAGAUCCAAUCGCACAAAGCCAUUUGACUAUAUCACAGUAAUUUACCUCCACAGAACAAAAAGAAGCCAUUAUUAAUCCACCGGAAGUGAAUUCCAAUACUUCCAUUGAUACAGAAGUAAAAGAAAGGUUAUUUAAACGUCGAGAUGAAACCGGUUGUUGCACCGCACGUUCCAGACAGUUAUUACGACGUAAACAUAACCUAGAAACACGCCCGUCAUUGGAUAAAGAACGCAGCAGUUCCAUGAGUCGUUUAUUGGAUGAUUUACCCAAUAAUAAACGUCCGAAUGAACUGUCAAGAGCAUAUUCAUUCUUGGAGUCUAAACCACAACAACGAGCGUCGGAUUUGGUUAAGGGAGAGUUAUUAGGACAGGGAUUCUUUGGACAAGUGUUUAAGGUUACAACGAGGGACACUGAAGAGGUUAUGGUGUUGAAGGAGUUGUAUAGAGUCGAUGAGGAAGCACAGAAGAAUUUCUUAAAAGAGGUGGCUGUUUUGAGGAGUUUACAUCAUAAUAACGUGCUGAGAUUCAUCGGGGUGUUGUAUAAAGAGCGCAAGUUGCAUUUGGUGACUGAAUACAUCGCCGGCGGGACGCUAACCGAACUUUUACACGAUGACAAGCAGAUUUUGGCGUGGCAACAGCGCGUGUCAUUCGCCAGGGACAUUGCGGCUGGUAUGGCGUAUCUACAUUCGAUGAAUAUUAUACAUCGUGACUUGAAUUCGCAUAAUUGUUUGGUUAGAGAGGAUAAGACUGUGAUUGUUGCGGAUUUUGGUCUUGCACGUAUAAUAUCACAGAAUACUGAUAGUAUACGACGCUCACCGAAUCACAAGUGUAAUAAUCAACAGAAACGUAAUGAAAGGAAGAAACGUUACACAGUUGUGGGUAAUCCAUACUGGAUGGCACCGGAAAUGAUGAAGGGGAAUAAAUAUGAUGAGAAAGUUGAUAUAUUUAGCUUUGGCAUUGUUUGCUGUGAGAUUAUUGGUAGGGUACAGGCCGAUCCAGAUUUUUUACCCAGGAGUAACGAUUUCGGGCUGAAUCAGAGCGAUUUCCGGGAGAAAUUCUGCGCUAGUUGCCCGGAACCUUUCUUUCAAGUGGCUUUCCUUAGUACGGAUCUUAAUCCGGAUAAACGGCCGCCUUUUGAGGUUAUAGAAGUGUGGUUAGAAUCACUUGCAAUUCACCUGUCGGUUGGAUGUCCGUUACCAGCGGAUUUAUUGUUUGAUAUACAACAUUUCAAAGGUAUAAGUCCUGCUUCCAGUGGCAGUAAUACUCCGGAAGGUGGCGCUGGCGCUGGUGGGCAUCGUAGUCCAGUCGCACUGCAACCAAUCACCGAAGGUAAACUCAUCGUGGAUAACAUUUCAAAGUCACGCAGCUCGGAUUGUAUCAAACCGCUGGAUUCCAACCUCAAAAAGAAACCGAAGACGAUUUUGAAGCGUGCGUUGGCUACGCAUGCGCAUACACCCUGCGCCAUGUUGGGCACGCUGUCAAAAAGCGUGGAGAAUUGUUCUCUGCAUUCAUCCACGAAUGAUUUCGAUGAAUUCUGCACGAAAUCAUGCGAUGAUUUUAGUAAUACUUUAGUUAUUGAUAAAACAAUGACGAAUCAAGAGUUUCCGAAUUAUGAAAACAUAGAUUUUUUAAAGAACGACGCUGCGUAUCUAAACGAAUCGGAUAAAACCCACAAACAGAGUUUAUGUCCCGUAAAAUUAAAAAAACCGGUUCAAGUACAACCUGUUGAGAAUAACCUCAAAGAUAUCAAGGAUCAUCGUCAGUCACUACGAAAAGUCCCCAAGAAUUUCACGCGGAAUCGGUUUUUAAAGACGCAGCACUUGGAUAGGUUAGAAGAAGGUUGUGUCAAGGACAAACUGUCAACUUGUGGUAAACGCAGUACUUUAGAGGUUACAAAACCUCAAAAACAGAAA